AUGUUUCUUGGUUAUCUCGUGACUUCCACAUUCAAUCCUGCGGACCAAUACGAUAUUACAGAUUACCGAGGCGACUACAGCAUCUCAGGCGAUAUCUUGAACGGGCCAGAUAUAUACCCAGGAGCGACUCGCCCGCCAGAUGGUCCUCCUAAAGGCGACAAUUCUGGACAGCGUAUCAAAGCUUACCAUGGCGAAAAUGGAGUCGUUAAUGAGCCUGAUCGAAGGCCAUCAAUCAAAGGCGCACUGAAAGAUCUACACCAUGCGGUCUCGAGUAAGGUCUCAUACUGGAAGACAUGGGGCUCAGAACUGGAACUUGACGUCGAGCUAGAAGCAAAUGUGACUGCUGCACAUACUGCGACCGCGGCCCAAACAGCGAGACCAACUUCGUCGCCACUUAAAUCCGAGGAAGUCUCCGAGCCAGAAUCAGAGCUAUGGGGCCAUAAGACCCGAGUGGGGAAAUGUACCAUUGUGUUUGGGGGAUCGACCAUAUACGAGCGGACCGUCAAAACACAUGCGCUCCACGACCGAAUCCAUGGCUAUCCUCUCUACGUGCUUCGACAGUCUAUCAUGGACGACGUGUGGUCAAAGCCCGCAUACAUACUCUCCCUUCUGCUGCGGGAGUUGGCCAAACCUGCAGAAGAACGACUCGAAUGGCUUCUCUGGGUUGACGCAGAUACCAUCAUGUUGAAUCCGUAUGUGCCCUUGGAAAUCUUCUUACCACCAUCGCCUCAAUUCGACGACGUUCAUCUUUUGGUGACCAAUGACUGGAAUGGUCUAAAUAAUGGGGUGUUUCCAGUGCGAGUCAAUCAAUGGGCCGUCGAGCUUUUUUCGGCCAUCAUCUCUUCUAGAUACUACAAACCAGACCAAGACCUGACAUUCCGAGAUCAAAGUGCUAUGGAUACACUCUUGAAAGAUAAAAAGUUUGCUGCACACACAGUCGAAGCUCCUCAAAGAUGGUUCAAUGCCUACCAGGGCGAGCAUAACGAGACUUUGGCUCCUUACCAAGUCCGACGAGGAGAUUUUCUGGUCCACUUUGCUGGUGUCAUUAAUCGAGAUGAGAGGAUUCUGUUCUGGCUUGAGCGUGCUGAGCAGCAUUUGCCGGACUGGGAGAUGGAGGUUCAGCACACAUCUUACCCCGCAGAAGUCAAAGAUUUCUGGAACCAGAAGGCCGACGUCAUGGAGACUGCCAAUAAGCUUCUCAUGAAGGAGGCACACGAUGCCAUCUUCGCUGCGGAAAAGGACGUGGACGGACACGACGCCGCCUCGACACCAGAAGUUUCAGCUGUUGAAGAGAAGGCUACAAACUUGAAGAGCUUGAUUGUGCAGCCAAACUGGAAGAAGGAAGAUCUGAACGCCAUGAUCGAAGCAGUCAAGCAGGCUAGGACAAUCUUGCAGCAGAAGCUGCAGGAACAAGAAGCCCAGCACGAAAAGACAAAGGCACUCAAGGACAAGGCCGAGGAAGAGCGUAAGAAGCAGGAAGAGCAAAAGGCAAAAUUCGGAGACACAUAG